AUGCUGAUGCUUGAUAGUGAUAACGGAGUGAUUAAUCCUCAGAGAAACAUUGAAGAUUUUAUUUUCAAAGAUAAAGAUCUCGUAUUCUACAAGCGCAUCUUCAAUAAUGAAGUUGCUGCUGGAAGUUACAUUGCAAAGAGAACCGACUUUGCGAUUAAUUUUAUAAAAAAAUGGGCAAAUUUUGAGUUUGAACUUCCAGAAUCCUUUCACGGAAACGAUAAUGUCGCACUGCAUGUUUGUUGCUCGUCUUUCUUAAUCUCGUCUUUCUGUUUAGCACCGAAUUCGAGUAAAGCCAUUUUAAGCUCUAAUUUUUGA